UAAUUAAUAAAUGAAAUCAAAAUAUCUUUCUAAAGCUUUGUUACCUUGCUCAAGCAUAUCUUUCAUGCUAUAAAUAAGCUAAUAAGGGAGUACAAUCAUCAAGUAUAAGCAGGGUGCAGCAACAAAUCAAUCAAGAUAAGGAGGACCAUAAUGGCUCAUCAUCAUCAUAAGCUGUCACUGAAGUCUCUACUCCAUCAUCACAAUCACAAAGAGGAGAAGGAGCAUAAUCCAUUAGCCAUGUCGGACGAGCACAUCUUGGAACUAAUCUACUCAACUCAUGUUCAUAGUGACACUAAGUUUGAGAUCGAUCCUCUCUUCACUCUUGUCCACAAUACCCUUAUCCGUUCAACCUCCAUUGUGGACGACCUUGUGCAGGGUUCCAAAUCAAGCAUGGAGGACAUUGAUGAAAAGAUUCUCCAACCCAAUUUCAAUUCACCUUAUUGCACACUCAAGCAAAUUUCAUUUGAGAUGUGUUGCAAGGCUCCCGGUGAGGAAACUGCUCACGAAACUGCAGUGGCCAUUCUCCAUAAGCUCUCACACUACGAAUGGGAUGCGAAAGCAGUGCUCACACUUGCUGCUUUGGCAGUUGAAUAUGGUGAUUUCUGGCUGCUAUCUCAGCAUCUACAAACAGAUGUUUUGGCGAAAUCAGUGGCAGUGAUGAAGAGAGUUCCACUGCUCAUACGGCCUGCGAAUUUGCACAAGCACCGUGAAGCCAUCACUGAGGUCAACAAUCUGGUGAAAGCGACAUUGCAAGUGAUUGAGUUGAUAGUUGAGUUGGAGAAGCUCUCUUCUUAUGACACUAAAGAUGUGCCAGCUUUGCUUCCUGCUAGGGAGCAUAUCCCAGUGGAUGUGUAUUGGUGUAUCAUCACUCUUGUUACUAUCGUCACUCAGAUUGAAUGUCUCACAACUGAUUCGGAGGAGAAACAGGAAUUAUACCAUUAUGGUCAAAAGAUCAACGUGGUACUCAGCAAACUGAGGAAGCACAUUGCGCUCUGCAGACACCAAAUUGAGGAGGCAGAAUAUUAUCGUAAGCUAAGGAAGCUUUUCCAAACCCCAACUGAGAUAAUGGAAGUGUUUAAGGUCUUAAUUUUCGCCAAGGAUGCCCCGCAGCCACUGUUCGAUUGCGCUUCUGAAACUACGGUUGACAUUACAGUGCUGAAAAAGAAACAUGUAUACCUAUUCAUUUCAACUCUAGACAUCACAGAGGAAGAGAUUUCAGUACUGAGACCGGUUCAUGAAUCCAUUAAGUCAGAAGUGCAAUAUAAGAUCGUUUGGGUUCCAAUAGUGGAAGAAUGGAGCGAGCAUCUGCGAAAGAAAUUCGAGGUUCUAAAGGCCAAGAUGCAAUGGUAUGUGGUUCAACACUUUGGAAGCAUAGCAGGCUACAAGUACAUCAAGGAGGAGUGGCACUUCAAGAAGAGUCCUAUGGUCGUGCUGCUAAACCCUCAAGGCAAGGUGCUCCAUCAAAACGCAUUCCAUUUGAUUGAGGCCUAUGGAAUGAAAGCCUUUCCCUUUACCACUGUUGAAGAAGAGACAAUUCACAAAGAAAAACAUUGGGUUGGCUCAGUUGUUGGUGGCAUUCACUCCAACAUUGACAAUUGGCAGAUAAAAGAGGAGAAGUACAUAUUGUUCUAUGGAGGCAAAGACAAAGAGUGGAUCCAAGAAUUCAGCAAGAGUGCUGCAUCCCUUGCAAAUGAGGCCAUAAUAAAAGAGUUAAAGAUAUCCAUAGAGCUAUUCUGUGUGGAAAAGGAAAACAGAAACAUCUUCAAACGCUUCUGGAAGCGGGUAGAGAGCUUGUUUGUGACAAAGGCUCACAAGGCUGCCGAUGCAGUGAAACAAGAAGUGCAGAGGUUGCUGUGUUACAAGGACGAAACCGGUUGGGCCCUGCUGAGCAAAGGCUCCUCUGUGGUUCUUAGUGGCCACGGAACCACAAUGUUGAAGGCGGUGGCAGAGUUUGAGAGGUGGAAGGAGGUUGUGGUGAAGAAGGGGUUCGAAUUGUCAUUCAAAGAAUACCAUGAGAGGGUUGCACAUGAAACGCACCGUUGCGCACAAUUUGAAAUCCCUGAUGUUGCUGGGAAGUUGCCAGAGGCUAUAAAGUGUCCUGAUUGUCCUAGAGUUAUGGACAUUUUCAUAACUUACAAGUGCUGCCACAAUGAUAAUACUAGUACUACUACUAAUGCAAAUUCUACAUACUAUUAGGAUUCAUGUUAUCAUGUCCUUGUGUGCGUGCUAUCUUAAUAAGUUUUUCUCUACUAAAUGAAAUAAGAAUGUCUCUCAUGGUUUUUUCUA